AUGUACGAGCCAGCAGAGGACGAGAUCGAGGAUGACCCGUCGCCUGAGCUGCCCAGAAGCAAGGCGUUGACAAACCCGUAUCUACUGUUCUCGAGUCCAAGUCCGAGGGGGCGCAGGAACCCGAUCCCCCCUGCCGGGUGGGCAUCCUGGAAUGAGAUCCUGACCGACCACAGGAUAUUGGCGGUGCUGGACGCGCUCAGGCAGGCUGGGUUGACAGCGAACCCCAAGAAAUGCAAACUAAGGUUCGAGGAGGUUGAGUACCUGGGCUAUUUGAUCGGACAGGGGAAGGUCAAGCCCCAGGAGAGGAAGGUCCACGAAGUACCGAUGUUGGUCCAGAUGGACGCAUGCAACACGGGACUAGGGGCCGUUCUGUCUCAGGUACACGAUGGGGAGGAGCACCCCAUCAUGUACAUAAGCCGAAAGCUGAUACCUAGAGAAAAAAAGUCCUUGAUUGUUGAGAAAGAGUGUCUAGCAGUGAAGUGGGCGCUAGACAUUCUCAAGUCAGGGGCGAAGCAUGGGAAACGCGAAUGCCCUAUCGAGAAGGGAGACAUACAUCACACUGACGACAGCCCACUCCCCGACCGCAGGUCUCGACGGGCUCUCUGGCCAGGACUGAUUGCUCACCAGCUGGACGAGUCCCAUAAAGCUGCCAGAUGGGCAGCACACAGGGUGUCUUCUCUAGAGAAUGGAAAUGUUGGGGGCCAGAGGAGAGUCGAAGCAGACAGCGGAGCCUUCACACACUCGUCCACACAGGACACAGAGAGUGAGAUCCACCAUUUUACCACAGCAUCCUCCAUGAACGUCCCCAACCACCGACCUGUCUUCAGAGGCAUCGCCCUACAUGAACUCCUGCUCACUAAAGAUUUCCAGGGGGACCAGCGGUUUUUCACAGACCAUGGAGACGUGGCAGGACAUCCCACAAUGCCUGGCUCUGUUACUGCCUUUGAGGCGGGGGACGCCUCAACUCGCCUGGUGCCACACGAGGACGCCCCUGCCUUCUCUGACAUCGCCACUACUGCCACGGUGGCUGCCACAACCCCCCUCACCAUCUCUGCUUCCACAGACCCUGGGCUACUGGUGAGCAUGGCUCAGAAUAAUAAGUUCGUCAAAGACAAGGCCAGGGAGGCAGAGAAGGUGGCAGUGACCACAGACUCCCUGACCACCCCUGUAGUGGCAACCACUGCCCCUACAGUCAGUGGCCGCAGCCCCAAUGCCCCCCCCUUCCUGAAUGGAAGCACCAAUGGUCAGGGGGAAGUUAUCAUGGAAGCCACCCUGCCCCCCCCUGUCCUGACCACCUCAGUGAGGGUGGAGAAAGGUGAGUCAGAGGAACCAGGGGUAAAGAACAAAACAGGCAUCCAGCUCACCAAACUGACCGCCGUAUCCACAGGAGAGGUGGAUGAGGGAAUGACCACCACAACCAUCAUCACAACCACCACCAUCACCACCAUGCAGACACCAGGUCCCUGCACUGUGAAUUUCACUGACCCCGAGGGCCACAUCAAGAUUCCACAGCAGCAUUCUGCAGCGUUGUCAUCCGACCCUGCAGUGGAUUGCAUCUAUGUGGUGACGGUCUACCUGGGAUACGGGAUUGAAGUACAGGUGCUGAACGUGAGCCUGUCGGAGGGGGAGGUGAUGACGGUGGAGGACAUGGGGGGACGGGAGUCCUCCAUCCUUGCCAAUGAGACCGUCCUGAUGAGGGGUCUGGUGGUGCGCAGCUGGAGCAAUCAGAUCUCCAUCCGUUACCGCAGUGACCAGCAGCCUCGCUCCGGCUCCCUGCUGCUGCUGCGUUACCAAGCCUUCGUUCUAAGCUGUGCCUUCCCUAAGGAGCCAGCCAAUGGGGAAGUAUCAGUGACUCACCUCCAUGCUGGGGGAGAGGCCUACUUCCAGUGUCUGACCGGUUACCAGCUGCAAGGCCCCACCAUGCUCACCUGUCGCAACGCCACUACACCUUACUGGAGUGGCAAGGAGCCCAAAUGCCUGGCUUCCUGUGGUGGUAUGAUUAAAAAUGCCACGUUGGGCCGUAUUGUCUCUCCUGGAUUCCCUGGCAACUACAGUAACAACUUGACGUGCCAUUGGGUACUGGAGGCUCCUGAAGGCCACCGGCUUCAUGUUCACUUUGAGAAAAUGGCUUUGGCCGAGGAUGAUGACAGACUCCUUAUAAAGAAUGGGAACAACAUUGACUCCCCUCCGGUGUAUGACUCCUACGAGGUGGAGUACCUGCCCAAUGAGGGCGUGGUGAGCACAGGCCGUCACCUCUUUGUGGAGUUCACCACAGAUGGGACGGUCACCUCUACGGGAGCAGCAAUCAGAUAUGAAGCUUUUGCAAAGGGCACAUGCUAUGGGCCCUUUGUGAAGUAUGGCAACUUCACCAGCAGUGACACGGCCUACGGUGUGGGUGCGGUGGUGGAGUUUGCCUGUGACCCUGGCUACACUCUGGAGCAGGGCUCAGUCAUCAUUGAGUGUCUGGACGCAGAGAACCCCCAGUGGAAUGAGACAGAGCCAGCCUGCAGGGCUGUGUGUAGUGGUGAAAUCACAGACUCAGCCGGGGUGGUUCUCUCUCCAAACUGGCCGGAGACCUACGACAAGGGCCAGGACUGCAUCUGGGGCAUCCACGUGGAAGAGGACAAGAGGAUUAUGCUGGACAUCCAAGUGCUCAAUGUGGGUAAGAAUGACCUGUUGACCUUCUACGAUGGCGAUGACCUAACAGCUAACAUCCUGGGUCAGUACAGUGGCACCAGGUCUCGCUUCAAGCUCUACACCUCCAUGGCUGAUGUCACCAUCCAGUUCCAGUCGGACCCUGCUACUAACAUCUACGGCUACGGCAACGGCUUCGUGGUCCACUUCUUUGAGGUCCCCAGGAACGAUACAUGCUCUGAGCUGCCAGAGAUCACCAACGGCUGGAAGAGUACCUCCCACCCGGACCUGAUCCACGGGACAGUGGUCACCUACCAGUGUUACCCAGGUUACGAGGUGCAGGGCUCGGAGAUCCUAAUGUGCCAGUGGGACCUGACGUGGAGUGGAGAUGUGCCUAGCUGUGAGAAAGUAAUGACAUGUCCGGACCCGGGGACUGUGGAGCACAGUCGGAGAGUGCUGACGGGAUCCCGCUUCAUGGUGGGAUCAACGGUGCAGUAUGUGUGCAAUAAGGGCUACUCCCUGUCUGGAAGCACACUGCUCACCUGCUACAACAGAGACACAGCUAACCCCAAGUGGAGUGAGAGGCUUCCCAAGUGUAACCCGGAGAGGUACGAGCCCUGCAGGAACCCUGGCGCCCCGUCCACCAGCGUGCAGAGCUUAGAAAAGGCCUUCUACCAGGCCGGGGAGACCCUGAGCUUCACCUGUCGUACCGGCUAUGAGAUGCAGGGGGAGCCCACCAUCCGCUGUGUCCCUGGACACCCGUCACAGUGGAGCGGAACACCACCUGCCUGUAGCGCAUCCUCCUCGCAGUAUUUGAACGAGCGCAAGUUGGAUGUUGCUAGUCCUGACUACGGUAUGGAAGGAAGCAACAUUGUCAUUGCUGUUCUGAUUCCUGCUGCGGUUGUACUGCUAGUCAUCCUGGGGAUUUACCUCUACUUUGCAAAACUUCAGGGGAAGACCAUCAGAAUGCCAACAUCAUCCUUGCCGCCGUAUGACAACAUGACAGAGGAGUCUGCCUUUAAUAACCCAAUCUAUGAGACAGGAGUAAGUAUGGAUGUCAUGCACAUGAAUCUCCGAGACGUGGACUCCCAGAACACCAUAGUCCUGUCCUGA